AGCGCGGGCGGGAGCGGCUCCCGCUGCUCCGCCGCGGGCCCUGGAGACGCGAUGGGGAAGAAGCAGGUGGUUAGCGAGGCUCAGCAUCCUCCACGAGCCCUUCCACCUGUGCCAAGUGCGAUUCAAGAUGAUGUACCGCCUAGCCAUCCUAAGAAGAAGAAAACCAGAACGAAAAGCACGUUAGCUCCUGCUUCUUCGGAAGGCCUUGCUGAGCCCAUUUCUCAUAGGCGAUCUGAGAGCAGUGAACCACCAGCUGCGGAGCUCAAGGGACACCCAGAGGCUCCUGUUCCCAGGAGACAGAAGAAGACCAGGCCGCCUCCUGAGUUGGAGACGUCCUUCAGUGAGAAGCCGUCCAGUCCAUCUUUACUGCGGAAUGAAAAUGGCAUCGAGGUGGAGCCGCCUGCGGAGGCCGUUCUUCCGAAACCGCGGAGGAAGGCAAAGAAAACCCAGCCAGCAGAACUACAGUAUACUAAUGAGCUAGGCGUGGAAGAUGAAGACAUAAUUACAGAUGAGCAACGUACGCUAGAACAGCACUCUCGGUUCACGGCACCCACUGGCGUCAGCCAGCCUGUUGGCAAAGUAUUUGUGGAAAAAAGCCGGAGGUUUCACGCGGCAGAUCGUUCGGAGCUGAUAAAGACCACAGAGAACAUAGACAUGUCGAUGGACGUGAAGCCGUCCUGGACCACUCGGGACGUGGCCCUGUCAGUGCACCGAGCUUUCAGGAUGAUUGGUCUGUUUUCUCACGGCUUCCUGGCUGGCUGUGCCGUGUGGAACAUUGUAGUGAUCUAUGUUCUGGCGGGAGACCAGCUGUCUGGCCUCUCCAACCUCCUGCAGCAGUACAAGCCCCUGGCGUACCCGUUCCAGAGCCUCCUCUACCUGCUCCUGGCUCUGAGCACUGUGUCAGCCUUUGACAGGACCGACUUUGCGAAAACCUCAGUAGCCAUCCGGAACUUUUUGGCCCUGGAGCCGACAGCUUUAGCUUCUUUCUUGUACUUUGCUGCUCUAAUACUGUCUCUGAGUCAGCAGAUGACAAGUGACAGGAUCCACCUGUACACGCCGCCUGUUAACGGGAGCCUCUGGGCAGCAGAAACUGAGGAGCAGAUUCUUGUGCCAUGGAUCAUUGUGAACCUGGUGGUGGCCCUUCUGGUUGGGUUAUCCUGGCUCUUUUUGUCUCACAGACCAGCCAUGGAUCUUAGUGAAGAGCUGAUGUUUUUCUCUGACGUGGAAGAGUACCCUGAUAGGGGAAUCCAGGCGUCUUCAUAGUGCCAACACCGCCUCUGCAGCAAAGACCGCACUUCCUCGCUCUUGUUUUUAUAAGAUGUGCGUGUGUGUGUGUGUGUGUACAAUUGAGCUUUUGUUAUAUAAUGCUGAAAGACCUGUGAAGAUUAUGAAAAACGUUUAAAUUGUAUCUGGUCUUCAUACCCAGCAUUAAUUUCUAUAGUAUUGUCUGCCACCUUAGCGAUACAGGAGAUAAUGGGCUAAAAAAAGCAGGGGGAAGUGUUUGAUCCUGUUCUCUCAAAUUUACUAUAUUCAUAAUCAUAAUAAAAAGCACCAAUUUAGAAAAGCCAUAACUUCAGUGUUACAAAAUAUACAUCACGUUCCAAUGUAAAUAUAGAGAAUAGGGUGGAAGGGAAAACAUCUUCAUUUUGUAUUUUUUAGUCUCCUUAUUGAACACACUACAGUAUAAAAUCUGUGUUUUCUGAAUCUGCGUAUCAUGUAAAAAUUAUAAUUUGACUUGAAAGAUGUUUUUACUUUAUGGCUAAUAAAACAGAUAUCUUUCCACUUAAAAAGCUUUUUAAAAGUUUUAUUUUUCUCUUUUAAAAUCUGUGCCAGUUGUUCUCUUGUCUGGCUGCACGUCAGGAUCUGUAGGGAGCUUUGGAAGAACAGCUGUAAGGGCCGGGAGUAGUAUUGUGUGGCCUGAAGUGAAGGCAGGAGAAUCAGGAGGCCAGGGCCACGGUCUGCUGCUUAGCAAGUCUGAGUCCAGCCUGGGCUACACGAGAGCCCUUUUCAGAAACCAAAAAUAGCAGCGAUAAACUCAAACAGCAAAAGAGAAGCUGAGCCAUGACUCAGCUCAGCCCUGUGAUUUUGGGCUAACCUCUGUAGCACGUCAGCUUUCCCACCCUGUACCGCCCUCCCCUGCCUUUUUACAGUUGGCAAACCCAGGGUCUCAUUCUGGUAGGCAGGCGCUCUGCCACUGGGUCGCAUCGUUAGCCCCCUAUGUUUCUGUUUUUUUGAUGAGAAAGGGUCUCGCUGUGUUAUCCCAAGACUGACCUCAAACUCCUGAUCCUGCUUCCCCAACCUCUGGAAUGCUGAGGUGGCAGGGCCCUGGUUCUUCUUCUGAGCCACAAGAAACACGGGUGAAAGUUCACCAUCCUCAUUCUCAAACUCUCUGUCGGGUAUCUUCAGGUUUUUGGGAAAUUCCACAUGGAAAAGGCUGUCUUCACACACUUCAAAUCUUUCUUCAGCUGUUGCCUGUGAGCCCCUAUAGCGUACGUCAAUGGGGAGACCUUAAGAAGAGAAAGUGGGGGCUGGAGAGAUGGUUCAGUGGUUAAGAGCACUGGCCGCUCUUCCAGAGUUCCUGAGUUCAAUUUCCAGCCACUACGUGGUGGCUCACACCUAUCUGUAAUGAGAUCCGGUGCCCUCUUCUUGUCUGCAGGCGUACAUGCAGGCAGAACACUGUAUACAUGAUAAAUAAAUAAACAUUGAGAGAGAGAGAGUGAGUCCUGGAUGUGAGCAGGAGCUGUGCGAAAUGGAGUUUUUAGUGGUAGAGAUUCACUAAAGGUGACUUUUGAGCUCCCUCUUGCCUAAAAGACUACAUUUACAAUAUUAUAGCAAUAAAUAAUGACUCUGAGAUAUUUAAACAUAUUUAACAUGUUUUAUUUAAAUUUUUUAUUGUUUAAAAUUUAAUAUUUAAAAUGCUUUAUAUUUUUAAAAGCCCAGUGUGCAUGCAGCUAGCCAAUGGGGCGCACACCUUCGAUUCCAGGCAGGAAUCUGAGUUCAAGGCCAGCCUGGACUACUGAGCAAGUUCCUGGAUAGCCAGGGUACACAGAGAAACCCUGUGUUGAAAA